AUGUUACCACCACCUACAACCCCAUCCCUUGAUCCCUUGCCCCUUUUAGAACACCAUCCGUCCCGUCAAAUCCCCUUCCCGCAUCACAUCAUCUCGUCUAAUUCCUGUCCGUCCCGUGGCUUGCAUACCCGUCACCCGUCACCCGUCACCCGUCAUCACCUACCCGCCACGGCGUUACCCUGCGGCGGCCAACGUCCCAAAUGCAACAACUGCAAAGCCAAAGGGCGCCAAUGCGGCUACGACGGCGAAGAGGGCCAGUCGCGCUACAAGGCCAUGAAGUCGCGUCUCGCGCUGCUCGAGAAGACGAUGCAGCAGCUGAGAAAUGCAGCUUCCCCCGAGCAGGCCCUGCGGCUGAUUGAGGACCUCAAGCAAACCCCUGACGAGUUUUUCACCCCCAUGGCGGCUAUUGAUGAGGAUGAGAAUAUGGGAACGCCACCUGCACCAAUUGGAACACCCACUACGACGACUACUUCGAUGGUUGCGACUCCUGUUGGUGGAAAUACAUCUACUACAUCUGCAAACACUACUACUGGAACGCCUAGCUUGCAGCAUGCUUCCAGCUACAACAGUCUCGACAGCAACAGCGGCAAUAGCCAGAACCAGAACCAGAACCAAGGAACGCUUGUCGGACUUGGAUCUUUAACGACUACAACCACUGCUUCUUCGUCCCGCCAUAACUCCGGCCAGUCUGCUCAGCUGGGACUACAGGAACAACAAGGUCAAGAAGAAAAUGCGUCUCCCCUUCGUGAUCGAACUUCGGUAUCGACCGAACCGCCCGUUUUGUCUCCCACACCGUGGCAGCUGUGGGACACCAAUAGCAAUGGCAAUGGCAACAGCAGCAACGCGGGUGUCGAUCCCUCUCCCGGAGGAACCGUAGAAGGAGGACAAGGAGGAGGAGGACAUGCAGCAACUUCUAUUCACUUCCCAAUCCCAGACCUCGAAACCACCAACCUGGCCAUAAACGAGUACUUCAUCCGCAUCGACCGCUUAUUCCAGCCUUUUUCGCGGGAUGAGCUUAAAUCGCUGCAUCGAAUUGCGUCUGGCGACUCCUCCUCCCCCGCCUUUUCCUUUUCCACUUCCCAUAUUGACCGCAAACACCAGGAACAAAUCGCCCUCAGCUGCCUCACAGCCGUCGCUUCUUUAGGAUCUCAAUGCCUGAUGGACGCACAGACCAACAGUCGGGUGCAAGAACAAGAAGCGUUUGCGAAUAUCGCGCGCCAUUACCUCGAUGUGGUCAUUGAGCAUGAGCCGCUUGAUGCGGUGCGGGUGUGUGCGGUGCUCGCGGGAACGGUGAUUAUGAAUAAGCCGGGACUGGCGUUGAGUUAUGUUGAAAUGGGAAUAAACCUGUAUUCCCGCGUCUACCGUAUGAAUCACGACCAUCACCACACUGCUGCCCAUGCUGCUGUCCAAAAACAGGCAGCGCAGCAACUCCUUGAGUUCCAGUUCCAGCAGCAGCAGCAGCACGAACAGGCUUUCACUGCACAUGCUAAUGCUGCUGCUUCGAGAUUUGGCCAUGGACAUGCACACGGACAUCACGGAAGUCUUUUAUCUUCCCAAGGCCAAGGAAUGAUGUCCCCUUCGACUUCUGUGCAGGCGCAGAUGGCACUAAGUCCCGUGCCGCAUAAAGAGACGAUUGGGCAUGGAAGGAGUUGGCGGACUUUGGUGUUUUUGGCUAGUAGCGACUUGUUGGUUGAGAGACAGUUGAGUCCGGAAGCUGAGCCGCCUUAUCCUGAUAAUGCGGAUUUGGUUGAGACCCUAACCCGCCUCUGCUACAUCAAAUCCUCCAUCCUGCGUCUCCGCGCCUCCAACCGCGACCUAACUCCUCACUCAAUCCGCCACGUCCUUCUUUCGUUACGACACUGGUACCACACUUUACCUUCGACAAUCCAGCUCAACUUCCACAACCUCAAUCACUUUUCACCCUCGGGCUCGCCCUUCCCCGGCCACCUUCCCUCUUCCUCUUCCUCUUCGAGCAUCCCCUCUUCCUCCUCAGCCCCCUCCUCAAGCCUCCUAGAAACCCACCGGUCCAUCCACCACAUCCACAUUCUCUACUCCGACUCCAUCACCCUUUUAUACCGCUGGCUGAUCAGCCAAAGCAUCACCUGCCGCCUACACGGGAACCACGAAGGUCAUCACGCUUUGGACACCCCCCUGCGAGAAUUACUGCUUGAACACGCUGAUGAUGCCAUCCGCGUCGCCGGACUAAGCGCCGUGGUGCUGAGGCGGAUGAUUCAUAAUGAUGAAGAGAUUCUGAUGCCGUGCUGGACGGCCGGGUUUCAGGCUUAUACUUCUUGCGCGGUUUUGCUGUGGAGUGUGGUAGGGAAGAUGGUUAAUUGUGUUGGUGUGCAUGGUGCUGGUUCUCGUGGACAUGGAGGGGCAGGGGGAUAUGCAGGGGAAAAAGACUGGGAUUCUUUUCAGGAUAGUUACUCCUGGCACGGCGAACUGGAGCGCGUGCGCGACUGCUUGGUUGUCUUGGAACUCUGUGCCAGACUAGGAGGAGGAAGAGAUGGUGCAGAGAGGUGGUGGCGCCGAAUGCGCGUUCUCUUGACGGUGGUUGAGAACUCGGCGACUUAUCGCGCUUGGGAACAGCAGCAACAGCAGCGGGAACGUGGUUACCACCAGACUCAAGGCCAGAACCAGCACGGGAACCACGGGAAUCGACAGCAACAACAUCAACCCCGACCACCCCUAGCGCUCGAACGGCAAGACCGAAGCUAUCUUCUCACCCUCCCACCAGCGCCUCCACACCCGCACGCCACAGAAAAGCCCGUCGACUAUGCUCUCGCAAGAGUGUCAGUCUCCCUCAUCCUCCUCCUGCACCAAAGUUUCGGCGCCCCAGGGAGUCAAAAGCUGGAAGCCGUUGGUGACGAGGAGUUCGCCGUGGGAGACUGGGGGUCGCAUUCGCGGAGGGGCAGCAUUACUGGCACUGCCGCCUCUACUACUGCUGCUGCAUCUGCUGCUGUCGAGGCCAAUGGGAAUGGGAAUGCGAAUGCCAAUGGCAGCAAUGGUGCCAACAACAACAACAACAACAACUUGAAUGUCAAUGCCAAUAGCAAUGUCAACGUUAACGUCAAUGGCUCGCUAUUGGACUUGGAAAGCGAACAAGCCCGGAUUUUGGAGUGGCUAGGGUGGAAUUUGCCUCCUGUUUCUGCUACGUGUAGUGGACAGGGGCAGGGGAUCAAUGGCAAUAGGAUGGGGGGUAUGGCGAAUGUAAACGUGCCUGUGCCUGUUCCUGUUGAUCCCGGAUUAUCUGGGGGCCAGGGCGGUUAUCAGGGUCAGUAUCAGGGGAUGAAUCAGGGGAUGAAUAACCACAACCACAACCACAACCAAGGACAAGGUGGCCAGGGACAUGAUCGUCGUGGUAGUUCUGGUGGAGGAUAUCAACAUGGUCAUCAGCAGGGGAGUAUGGGGAUAGGGAUGAUGAGGAUGGAUUUGGGGAGGUAG